AUGGCGAAGAUCAGGAACCACGGUCAGGUUGUAGCAGCAGAUGUUGGCGUCUGCGUGCAGGAGAUGGUGAAGGCAGACGCUGCCGGUGUUCUCUUCACCAGAGAUCCAGUGUCUGGAAACCCUGGCGUCAUGUCCAUCAACGUGUCAUACGGAAUCGGGGAGGCGGUUGUCUCGGGAGUGACGGAACCAGAUACAAUAUUCCUGCAUCGUAGCUUCUACGAUAAGCUUAGCAUCAAAGAGAGAAUCAUAGGAAGCAAGUGCGUCAGAAUAGAUCUUAGUGAGUCAGGAGGAGUGCAGGAAAUAGAGACAGACGCUAAAGGUGAAUGUAGCCUAGCAGACGAAUCAGCUUUGGAACUGGGCAACAUUGGCAUACAGGUUGAGAAAUCGUUCUCCGACGCGCGAGAUAUAGAGUUUGCAGUGAAAGACGGGCAGAUCUACCUGCUGCAAGCUCGACCAAUCACGUCCCUCAACAUGGAGUCAGAAUACGAGCUGAUGCAUGAGCAGGAUGGACCGCUGUUAAUUGAUGAUGAAGUGUAUACACACGCGCAUAGCGGGGAGAUGAUGCCUCAGGCGAUGACACCUCUUACACUAGACGCAUUCGUCACUAACGUCGCCGGGAUAGGACAGGUGGUUAUUAUUCGAUUUGCAGCAGCAGCAGCAGAGAACACUAGGCUAGAAUAG